AUGCGGUCAUUCUGCACGUUGACAUCUCCGCCAGUCACGCUGACGCCAGCAGCAGCCGUGAGCAAGGCCGUGUUGACCGUGAGACCGUUCGACGCUGUGACGAGGUCCGUCAUCGUGCUGACGCCCCCGACGGAGAGAUCGCCGGUCGUCAAGACGACACUCCCGCUUGCCACGGUGACAUCUCCGCCAGUCACGCUGACGCCAGCAGCAGCCGUGAGCAAGGCCGUGUUGACCGUGAGACCGUUCGACGCUGUGACGAGGUCCGUCAUCGUGCUGACGCCCCCGACGGAGAGAUCGCCGGUCGUCAAGACGACACUCCCGCUUGCCAAGGUGACAUCUCCGCCAGUCACGCUGACGCCAGCAGCAGCCGUGAGCAAGGCCGUGUUGACCGUGAGACCGUUCGACGCUGUGACGAGGUCCGUCAUCGUGCUGACGCCCCCGACGGAGAGAUCGCCGGUCGUCAAGACGACGCUCCCGCUUGCCACGGUGACAUCUCCGCCAGUCACGCUGACGCCAGCAGCAGCCGUGAGCAAGGCCGUGUUGACCGUGAGACCGUUCGACGCUGUGACGAGGUCCGUCAUCGUGCUGACGCCCCCGACGGAGAGAUCGCCGGUCGUCAAGACGACGCUCCCGCUUGCCACGGUGACAUCUCCGCCAGUCACGCUGACGCCAGCAGCAGCCGUGAGCAAGGCCGUGUUGACCGUGAGACCGUUCGACGCUGUGACGAGGUCCGUCAUCGUGCUGACGCCCCCGACGGAGAGAUCGCCGGUCGUCAAGACGACGCUCCCGCUUGCCACGGUGACAUCUCCGCCAGUCACGCUGACGCCAGCAGCAGCCGUGAGCAAGGCCGUGUUGACCGUGAGACCGUUCGACGCUGUGACGAGGUCCGUCAUCGUGCUGACGCCCCCGACGGAGAGAUCGCCGGUCGUCAAGACGACGCUCCCGCUUGCCACGGUGACAUCUCCGCCAGUCACGCUGACGCCAGCAGCAGCCGUGAGCAAGGCCGUGUUGACCGUGAGACCGUUCGACGCUGUGACGAGGUCCGUCAUCGUGCUGACGCCCCCGACGGAGAGAUCGCCGGUCGUCAAGACGACGCUCCCGCUUGCCACGGUGACAUCUCCGCCAGUCACGCUGACGCCAGCAGCAGCCGUGAGCAAGGCCGUGUUGACCGUGAGACCGUUCGACGCUGUGACGAGGUCCGUCAUCGUGCUGACGCCCCCGACGGAGAGAUCGCCGGUCGUCAAGACGACGCUCCCGCUUGCCACGGUGACAUCUCCGCCAGUCACGCUGACGCCAGCAGCAGCCGUGAGCAAGGCCGUGUUGACCGUGAGACCGUUCGACGCUGUGACGAGGUCCGUCAUCGUGCUGACGCCCCCGACGGAGAGAUCGCCGGUCGUCAAGACGACGCUCCCGCUUGCCACGGUGACAUCUCCGCCAGUCACGCUGACGCCAGCAGCAGCCGUGAGCAAGGCCGUGUUGACCGUGAGACCGUUCGACGCUGUGACGAGGUCCGUCAUCGUGCUGACGCCCCCGACGGAGAGAUCGCCGGUCGUCAAGACGACGCUCCCGCUUGCCACGGUGACAUCUCCGCCAGUCACGCUGACGCCAGCAGCAGCCGUGAGCAAGGCCGUGUUGACCGUGAGACCGUUCGACGCUGUGACGAGGUCCGUCAUCGUGCUGACGCCCCCGACGGAGAGAUCGCCGGUCGUCAAGACGACGCUCCCGCUUGCCACGGUGACAUCUCCGCCAGUCACGCUGACGCCAGCAGCAGCCGUGAGCAAGGCCGUGUUGACCGUGAGACCGUUCGACGCUGUGACGAGGUCCGUCAUCGUGCUGACGCCCCCGACGGAGAGAUCGCCGGUCGUCAAGACGACGCUCCCGCUUGCCAAUGUGACAUCUCCGCCAGUCACGCUGACGCCAGCAGCAGCCGUGAGCAAGGCCGUGUUGACAGUGAGACCGUUCGACGCUGUGACUAGGUCCGUCAUCGUGCUGACGCCCCCGACGGAGAGAUCGCCGGUCGUCAAGACGACACUCCCGCUUGCCAAGGUGACAUCUCCGCCAGUCACGCUGACGCCAGCAGCAGCCGUGAGCAAGGCCGUGUUGACCGUGAGACCGUUCGACGCUGUGACGAGCCCCGUCAUCGUGCUGACGCCACCAACGGAGAGAUCACCGGUCGUCAAGACGACAUUCCCGCUUGCCAAGGUGACAUCUCCGCCAGUCACGCUGACGCCAGCAGCAGCCGUGAGCAAGGCCGUGUUGACCGUGAGACCGUUCGACGCUGUGACGAGCCCCGUCAUCGUGCUGACGCCACCAACGGAGAGAUCACCGGUCGUCAAGACGACAUUCCCGCUUGCCAAGGUGACAUCUCCGCCAGUCACGCUGACGCCAGCAGCAGCCGUGAGCAAGGCCGUGUUGACCGUGAGACCGUUCGACGCAGUUGCGAGGUCUCCGAAAGUACUUACUCCUGAAACGCUGAGCGUCCCCGAUUGUAUCAGAAUGUCGCCAUCUGUCAAGGUCAAGUCACCUAAAGUGAUUGCUAUGUCGCCGUCGGUGAUCGUCAUGUCUCCUUUAUCGAUAGUAGCUCCCACCGUUUCGAUGACGAAUCCUCCCGCUACGACGCGGAGUCCGCCGGCUGUUAUGGUUGCUCCUCCGGAAACAACUUCCAUCGGACCCGUAAUACUAGCUCCCCCACUUGUCACCGUGACCGAUUCCGAGCUGGUGAUGCUGCGGAUCGUCAGCAAGCCAGUCGCGGCGGUAACAUCUCCCGCACAAAUGAUGUCGUUGUCGACCGUCACAACAGCUGAACUCGUGAUACCGGCGAUGGUCAAGUCUCCGAGUACUGCUGAAAUGGAGCCAUUCGUGAUAACGAGAUCCCCCUUGCUUAUGAGCUCGUCACCUUCCGAAAUGAUUAAGCCACCGUUGACAAUCGUGGUCUGA